UACCCAGCUGUGUUCUGGCAGGACUGUCGCGAUAGGGUGGCCCCAUGGUCUGGCUGGGGAUGUCCUUUGGUUCCAUACUGGUUCUGGCUUUGUCCCAUGUAGUUGUUAACUGUUCCAGGUUGCUUCCAGCUGUGUCCCAGUUUCCAUCUGUGUGUUCCAUAUGGUUUCCAGCUGUGUUCCAGGUCGGUUCUGGCUGUGUUCUCUCUUCAUUCUGGCUGUGUCCUCUGUAGUUUUCGGCUCCGUUCCCGGUUGGUUCCAGCUCUGUUCUGCAUGAUUUUGAACUGUGGCCUGUAUUGAUUCCAGCUGUGUUCCAUGUUGGCUCCAGCUGUGUUCUGUAUGGUUUGGAUCCAUGUCAUAUAUUGGUUUCCAGCUGUGUUCCAGGUUGGUUCCAGCUGUGUCCUCCAUAGUUUCCAGCUGUGUUCCAGGUUGUUUCUGGCUGCAUUCUGUAUUGGUUCCAUGUCCUAUAUAGUUUCCAGCUGUGUUCCAGGUUGGUUCCAGCUGUGUUCUGUAUGGUUUGGAUCCAUGUCAUAUAUUGGUUUCCAGCUGUGUUCCAGGUUGGUUCCAGCUGUGUCCUAUACGGUCUUGGUCUGUGUCCUGUUUUGAUUCCAGCUGUGUCCUGUAUCGAUUCCAGCUGUGUUCCAGAUUGCUUCUAGCUGUGUUCUGUAUUGGUUCCCUGUCCUGUAUGGUUUCCAGCUGUGUUCCAGGAAACACGCCCUGAACUGCCACAGGAUGAAGCCUGCUCUGUUCAGCGUGCUCUGUGAGAUCAAGGAGAAAACAGUGUUAAGUAUUCGUGGUAUUCAGGAAGAAGACCCCCCCGAUGCCCAACUAAUGAGACUAGAUAACAUGUUGCUGGCGGAGGGCGUCUCCGGCCCCGAGAAAAGAGGAAGAGGAGCACCGAUGGCUGUAGCAGCAACACCAGGUGGCUGUCCAAAUGACAAUAGCAUUGAGCACUCUGACUACAGGGCCAAGCUGUCACAGAUCCGACAGAUUUACCACUCUGAGCUAGAGAAAUAUGAACAGGCCUGCAGCGAGUUCACCACCCACGUCAUGAACCUGCUCAGGGAACAGAGCCGGACCAGACCCAUUUCUCCCAAAGAAAUCGAGCGGAUGGUGAACAUCAUCCACGGCAAAUUCAGCACCAUCCAGAUGCAGCUGAAGCAGAGCACGUGUGAGGCGGUGAUGAUCCUCCGCUCGCGCUUCCUCGAUGCAAGACGUAAGCGGCGUAACUUCAGCAAGCAGGCAACAGAAGUGCUGAAUGAGUAUUUCUAUUCGCACCUGAGCAAUCCUUACCCCAGCGAAGAGGCCAAAGAGGAGCUGGCAAAGAAGGGUGGCAUCACCGUUUCGCAGGUUUCCAACUGGUUUGGUAACAAAAGGAUUCGGUACAAGAAGAACAUGGGGAAGUUCCAAGAAGAAGCCAACAUUUACGCUGCGAAAACGGCAGUGGAUGCAACCAAUGUUGUGGCUCAGGGCAACCGGGCAAACUCCCCAUCGACACCAAAUUCGGCUUCCUCUGGCUCUUUUAAGAUGACCAAUUCCGGAGAUUCCUUCAUAAAUUUGCAGUCGUUGACCUCCUACCAGAGCUCCCCGGUGGGAGGCAAUGUGCAGUCACAGAUGGAUUCCUUGCACCAUGUCAUACACCAGGCAGGAAGAUACGACACCAUUGUGGGGAAUCCUUUGUACACGACGCAGCGCAUCGACGUAAGAUGUCCCAAAGUUUUAAUUGAUCCCAUCUCUGUUUGGUUCUCAGUAACCAUUUGUGAAUCAGUCCUAACGAAGUUCCUGCCCACUGAGAUCUCUGCUGCUGGGAUAGGAAAAAGGUGGAAGAGAGAUACUUAAGGCUGAAACCUUUGGCUUUGGUUCCCAAAAAAACUUGUGUAUUGAGGACAUAGUCCAGAAUAGUUGUUCAAAGGGUCCUUACAGAUCAGCUGUGGAGUGGUUGGGUUCAGAGGGUCCUUACAGCUCAACCAGGGAGCAGUUGGGG